AUACUGCUACAGGGGAUAUGUUCAUGUUAUAGAACCAGACAGUUUGAAGGCGAUUUAAACCGCCGUUCUGCUACAUACCUGGGUCAAGAUGGUGGACACCUCACCCGACAUUGAAAUGGAUAUUGACUUUUCAAGCAAAACUAAGCUGUCGAAGACCGAGAAAAAGCAGCAAGGGUGGACUGGAAAAGAGAAAUGUCUCUUAACUCUUCUGAUACUAAGCGUGCUCAUCAUCAUAGGCAUUGUAGCCGUAUUCCUGCUCUCAAUUUUGGGCAUAGUGGACAUUCUACCAAAAGCUGCGGUUAACGAUACCACGUGUACAGACCUCAGCUGUCUUGAGGCAGCCUCUGCCGUCUUAUCUUCCAUGAACACCUCUGUUGAUCCAUGUGAGGACAUAUACCGCUUUGCCUGUGAGGGCUGGAUGGAAAGAAAUCCUCGCCCUCCUACACAAUCGAGAUGGUUUCACAUGAGUAAAAUGCUGAAAGAAAUAAAAGAUAAACUUAAGUUACUCCUCGAGGAACCGAUAAAACGAAACCAGCCGCUUUCUUUUGAGCGAAAAUUGAAGGACUUCUACCUCAGCUGCACUGACACUGCGGGCAGAGAUAAGCUAGGACCUCAACCUAUGUUGGACAUAAUUCAGGAAAUUGGGGGUUGGAAUGCCCUGGGCGAAGGGUCGUGGCAUGAGCCAAGCUGGGACACCACCGAGGCUAUGGUCCAGGUACAAACACGCUUCACCGGUCUGACGAACCAACUCUUCGAGGUGGAAGUCCGUGCCGACGACCAAGAGCCAAACGUGAACAUUCUGAAAAUACGCCAAGGGGGAUUAGGUCUUCCGAAUCGGAAAUUUUAUUUUGAAAACGAAACCGAAAGUAAAUACAUCAGGGCGUAUAAGCAGUUUCUUCAGACGACUGCCAUCUCAAUGGGCGUAUCACGGGAAAAUGCAUCCGUGUUCACAGAGGAGGUGUUUGGGUUUGAGAAGAAGUUGGCGGAGAUCACUUUUGACAGCGGUGCUAAAGAAGUAAGAAACCCUGUGCUUACCUAUAAUAAAGUCACUGUAGAAGAGUUGAUAGAACUGACACCGUCGAUCAACUGGACCCUGCUACUCUCCAUUUGGAAAGAUGACCUGUCCAACACAACCACGCUCCUUGUUUUUAAUAAGGAUUACAUGAAGAACGUAUCAGCGUUGAUAGAUAACACUGAGAAAAGUGUCCUUAACCAGUACGUAGUAUGGACGCUGCUUCGGAAGACAGCCAGCUACUUGUCGAGAGAAUUCCGGGCAGCAGUUGACGAAUACACUGUCGCCGUAACAGGUCUGGAAAAACCUAAGGAGCUAUGGGAACAAUGCCAAGAUGUCGUCGGCAAGCAAAUGUGGAAAGCUGUCUCCGCCAUGUUUGUUAGGGAGCAUUUUCCAAGAGAGAGUAAAGAAGAGGUCAUUGAUAUGAUAAAGUACAUGAAGAGAGCCUUCAAGAUGCGGAUUGACAGUGUCAAAUUCAUGGACGAAUCAACCAGGAAAGCUGCACAUCAAAAGCUAGAUGCCAUGAAGUAUGAAAAGAUUGGGUUUCCAGACUACAUGCUGAACGAUACGCACAUGGACGACAUAUACAAAAAUCUGAAAAUCAACUGCUCGAAUUGUUUGUUCAGUACCAUACAAAACGUUGCUGAGUGGGAGCGACAGAGGUUACGGGAAAAACUCGCCAAACCAGUUGAUAAAAAAGAAUGGAAGUUCCCACCUCAUCAGGUCAAUGCUUUCUACGACAGGACUAAUAACGAAAUGGUAUUCUUAGCCGGGAUUUUGCAGCCGCCAUUCUUUAAUCGCCAGUUUCCAAAGUAUACCAACUACGCCACUAUUGGUCACGUGAUAGGCCACGAGAUCACGCACGGUUUCGACACCGGAGGAUCGCGGUAUGACAAAGAUGGAAGGUUGCAAAAUUGGUGGUCAAACGCCUCCUGGACGCAAUUUCAGAAAGACGCUUCGUGCGUAACUGACUACUAUUCCACUUACACAAUGUCCGGAAUGCAGGUGGAUGGAAAGUUAACCCUGACAGAAAAUUUAGCAGAUAUUGGAGGUUUGAAAUUAGUGAAGGAGGGUUACGACGUAUGGGUCGCAGACCACGGUAAAGAGGGAAAGCUCCCCGGAAUAAAUAGAUCGUUGGAGGAACUUAUUUUUGUUGCAGCAGCACAAGUAAGAAUCCAUAUAAUGCUGUGA